GUGUCUGCCUGUCUGUCUGUCUCUCUCUCCGUCUGUGUCUCUGUCUGUCUGGUCAUCUGUUCAAGGAAAUGAAAUGCCUUAGAAUAAAAGCAACUACAGUAGAACCAGAAUGUCAAGGUCUUUUUGAAAUGCCAUAAUUGUCACCUUUAUACACCAGACAUUUUUUAAAUCUCUGUCUGUCUGUCUUUGUGUGUGUGUGUGUGUGUGUGUGUGUGUACUUCAGGACGCUGCCAAACCCAAGAUUGAGUUAGAUCUGGGUUCCAUGAGGGAGGAGCAUGUUGAGACAGACGCAGAUGGAAAGGCAGCGCCUCAGCCUGUCUUUGCCCUUGACAGCCAGCUCUAUCCCCACAUGAAAGGCAACCCAAGCCACCUUGACAUCAUGCAGCACAGUUUGCUGUUGUAUAUGCAGAAUAAGCUUAAUGGUCUCAACCCAGCUCUGGUUCCUGAAUUUGGACUUGUAGAAGAAGGGGGUCUUCUGAGUGUUGAGAUGCUCCGAGCUAUCCUUAGCCCUGAGAAUAAACAACAUUCUCUGGAUGAGAAAAGCUCCAUUUGCAAGAUGCCAACUACAACUGAGCUUCUGCCAAGCAAUGGGCCUGCCGUCCAAUCACGCGGGGGAUGCCCAGACAAGGAGCUGGCAGAGAGUAUCUCCAUAGAAACGACGUCGCUGCGUGGGAAGAGUGUUGGCGGGGGUGGGGGCGGGGGCGGGGAGGACAGCAGGGACAGCAUGGUGAUGGAGGUGCUCCAGCUGUACACCGCCCAGCAGCAGAGGCUCCAGACCACCCUGCACAAGCAGAAGCAGCUAGAGAAGGAGCUGGAGGUGUUGCGUCAGGCUGAGGUGGCAGAGCAGUGCGACCCGCAGGGCAGGCUGGAGGCGGCGCAGACUGAGCACGUUCUGAGACAGCGGCGGCGGCCGGGGAGCUGUCUGGAGCUCCUCCGUCAGCACACCUCCACACACAGAGCAGAUGGCGCCGAGGCGCUGCCAGACAGCCAUUACUCCGCCGAGCUGCUCGAGCUCCGCAUGAGGCUGGAUCGCGCUGAAGAGGACCGUGAAGAGCUCCAGGAGGAGCUGCGUCGGGAGCGCCACGCCAGGGAGAAACUGGAGCGCACCAUCGCAGAGCUCCAGCACCAGAUGAGGGGCUCCCGAGGCCCAGACGGCCCAGACACCCCAGACACCCCAGAACUGCCCCUCCUGACACCGCCCAGUAACGACCCACAGACACCCAGGACCCCCUAGCAACCUCGGAGCAGCAGCCUCGCAGAAUUACACUGAGAAACAUAGAAACCGCCAGACACUACUGGAGAUGUGACUUGGUGCUACCGUCACCAGAAAAGAUCUUCUAACCAUAAUAGUCUGAUGCCAAAAAUGAGAUCAGCCUGAAAAACACACUAGUUCUUUCUCUGAUGUCCUAACUGGCAAAUAUGACAGGGCAAUUUUUACAAUUGUGUAUUGGUUUGUUUCUACUGUUCUUUGACUGAUAAUAACUUGAUAAUACAUUUAAUUAAAUCAAAUACAUACAUUGUAUACAACUGUUAUGCUUUGGAAAUUGAUAAAGAAUCAUUAUCUCUGAAAUGAAAGGUUAGAGUUUGAAAGGAUAUGUAUAGAAGUAAAGAUGUAUGGAUAUCAUGUCAUAAUCACCAGGCUCAUUUGUGCUUUAUCUACUGCAAAAAUGAGAUCUGAUAUUUUAAUAACUUUGAAAAACAAAACAGCCAGAAUUACAGAGAAAGUAUAUGACACUGUAAAUAUUAUAUUGAAUUAUUUAUUGUUCAUUAACAGAUCAUAAAAACAGGACAUUGUAUGUGUUAUUGAACGUGUACUUAAUGUGUUCCUAAUAUACAUUUAUAUUUUAUGUAUGUAUGUAUGUUUGAAUGUACAUUUUAAAUGUAUGUAUGAGUCAUGUUUACUGAAAUACAAAAGCUUAAGCAGACUUAAAACUUUAGAUGGAUUUGGACCUAUUCUUUAAACAAUUGUGUUUGAAACAACUUUGGAUUUGAAAUGUCUUUUAAGAAAACGUUGUUUUUAAAAACUUCUUUUCCCUGUUUACAAUUUUAUAAAGUCCCAAGGUGAUUUAUAAUUUCAGACGUGUUGGUCUAAAUGUGUCUUAUUUAAAAGAGUUGGAAAGAGAAUUUCAGCACUCUUAUAAAGACCCGUCCCAUCAGUUAUCUGUAUUGCCCUCUCUUUGACAAUCAACGUCAUUUAUUCUUAUGACACUUUAGCUGCUAAAAGUGUAGCUACCUCAGAUGUAAGUCAGGUGAAAGUUCAUGUUUUAUAAGUGUUACCAUCCUAUUGCAUCAAUAUUUAAUGUCAUUUAUGUUUAUCCAUAGUCUCUAUCCUGUAACUUGGUUUAUGCUGCUUCAAAUAUUGUAGGGGGUUUUGUUUCAUAUGAGCAUUAUGCAUGGCUAAAGACAAUUAAAAAUGGUUAAUCUUUGUAUUUAUGUACUUGCCAUACAUAUAGCCUGGUUAAAUUAUUUUCCAAAUCACUGUCGAACUUUUUUGUUUGAGUUUGGAUUGUACACUUAUUUCCUACCUCCUCUUGUAAUUAACAAAGACAUAUUAUCACCA